CCCGGGCAACGUCUCAAGAGGGAUGCAUCUGUAAGUAGGCCCAAAGAGGACCACAGGUGACCAUACACUUCAUGUUUAAUUAGAAAAGUUAAUUCAUACUCAAGACUACUGGCCCGGUUUCCAGACCCUUAUUUUGCUAAGACGUCUGGUCACUUACCUAGGAAGACAACAGUUUAGGGCUCCGAAAAUCUGUCUCCUGACCGGAAGUUGCAUUUUCCACUUCCGAAUUGGAUUAAGGCGGAUGGGUGGAAAUAACCUCCGCCGCCCUCGCCCCAGGGGGUGCCCAUGCUUGACCUGAGUUGCAAAGUGAGUUCUUCCCAUAGGCUUCAGUCAAAAACUCUUAGUCAUCUUGGUAAUAUUGGAUUGGAUGCCUAAGCUUCAGGAAAAAGACGAAAAUUACAGGAAAAACUGUAUCCAGUAACUCAGAUAUGGCAGAAAUGAAGUCAAUGUUCCGGGAAGUUCUUCCAAAACAAGGGCAAUUGUCUGUUGAAGAUGUAACCACAAUGGUGCUUUGUAAACCCAAACUUUUACCCUUAAAAUCUCUGACUCUGGAAAAACUAGAGAAAAUGCAGCAAGCAGCACAGGAUACAAUUCGCCAACAAGAAAUGGCAGAAAAGGAACAGCGGCAAAUAACCCACUGACUGAUAUAGUGCUUCAGGGAACAACAUACCUUAUCUACUACUUAGUGAUAACUAGAAAAUCUGCAUUUGUAUGCUGACAGCAGUGUCUAUUAAUAAAACUCAUAAUUUUCAUAUAAAUAAUACAAGAAUACUCAAGUUUGAUGAAACGUAUUGUGAAUUUAAACACUCUGGUUUGAAUUAUACAUAAAUUCCAAAAAUUGGAUUUUAAUUAUACCAAAUUCCAUAAAAUUUGAUUCACUCAAGUCAGUUUUUAUAACUACAAAUUGUUUACCAUUCCUGCUGCUGUUUUGUGGAUAACAUUCUUAGGCAGAAGUGACUAAAAGCAACUUUUAUAUACAGAGAACCUUUAUAUGUUUAUUAAAAAUCUAAAUAUGAAGAUAUAUUCCAAUCUUGCAUAAAGUGUUUAUGUUGGGCUUUUACAUUACCCAAUUUAGAACAAAAUGUUUUAAGCAAUUUAGUGUGCUAUGUCAUGUUUAAUGCUUUCUUGCCUAACCAAUUGAUCCUACCAGUAUGACAAAACUGUUUAAAUUUAACUUUAAACAGUUAAAUUCACCUAUUCUGUAUUCAGCUAAGCUUUUAAUUACACUAAAGGACUUGUAAAUUACAUGACUACCUUUAUCAUUCAGUUAUCAAAAAACUAAAAACCUAAAAAUGGUUACAUAAGCCUGAGUGAUAAUGGGCUUAAAGAGCCCAUGAGGUACAUACGAACAUUAAACUUGUAGUUUUAAUUCUAAAAGACUGGGCCUAAACCUGAAAUAGGUAUAUUCCUAAGAAUAUCUUUGUAAAUUCUGGAUAUAAUUCUUGGUUUGUUUGCUCUAAUCAAUAACAGGUAAUCUAUGUUAGCAGAGACCUUGAGGCUUUGCUGAAUAUUAGGCUCUGUAAAAGAGGUAAGAAAUGUGAUCAGGCCUUAGAUAAAUGUUAUUAUUGGUAGCCAGUAUUUUCUCAGACACUGGGCAAAUGUAAAGUUUUGGGUAAUUUAACACCAUUAUUUGGUAACAGAAUUUAAGAAUAAUGAAAGGUAUAUGUUAUUUUAGAAAUUUCACUGAGCUAUAAAUCCAAUCAGUAAACAAGGGAGUAAAGUAUGCAUGCAUUUUUUCCCAGUAUAAUCUUAAAAUAAUUUACUGUGUAUGCUUGAUGUAAAAGUUUCAAGGAAAAAAAAGUUUGAGGAACACAGCUUGAAUUCUGGGUUCAAGUAUGUUUCUUUAGAAGAUUUAAAAUUUGUUGAAGUUCAAGUUUAUAGAAGACCUAAAACUAAUAUAAUCCCAAUAAAGAAUCAACACUGUUUCACAUGUUUUAUUUUGUUGUACAUUCUUCUCAAACCAGGUUCAUUUUUCCAGUUUUGUAGAAAAAUAGAUGUUCCAGCCACCGUUUACUUAACUGUCUAGUCUUUAAGACCAAUCAAUAUGUUCCCUGGAAAGAUGAAUAAGUCUUAUGACUAACUCAUUUUUUAAAAAUUCUUUAAGACAAAGAAAUAACCUUUUUUUUUUUUUUUUUACUCCCAAAGCACAGUUUUUCAACAGCAGCAGCCAACAUGGGGUAUUUUAGCAGCUUAACUUUACCCCCUAAAUAAAGCUUUGUAUAAACCAGUGAUUUUACUACAAAAAACACUGUCCUUGAAAGAAAGGAGUGGCAGUCAGACAUCAAUGCAAAACUUGGAAUGAUUAGGUCAUAAACAUGGCACUUACAAAAGGUAGCUUAUUAGAAUAUUCCACUUAAGAAGUUACUUUUCUGUCUCUCCUUUCCCCCUCAAAAAAAAAAAAAAAUUCUUUUAAAAGUUCCCCUUAAAUGUAAGUUUAUAAAAUUUCAGAAAUGCCUUGUACCCAAAACAAGUGCU